CUCACCACAUCUGAAACGCCUUGAAACGUCUGCCCCCCCUUCCCCAACAACAACCCCACUAGUCGAUACCACUAUAUGUCAAAGCGCCACCUUAGUCCGUCGCCCAAGACGCCCACUGUCCUUCGCAAGAAGCGCGAGAAAGCACCAGUAGCCGUGCAAGCUCUCGCACAAGCCCUCUUCUCGGGGUAUGUCGACUCUUUUGUGAUCAUUCGCGUGCUGUCGCUCGUGAGCCGGGACCUGUCGACCCACGGGGCGCGCAUUGUCAGGUCCCUCGACCUCCACGCCACCCUUCGCCCGCAUAAACUGCUCUCCCAGUGUGUCCUUCGUCGAUACCACGCCGGCCUCUUGUCGUUAUCGCUGCAAUGGACUCCAUCGACCACCGACGCCACCGUCGCACUAAUUGCAUCCUCCUUGCCACAGCUCACAAAUCUCAACUUGCACGGGUGCCACAAGCUCACAAACGAUGCAUUGGCCACCAUCUCCGCCGCGCUACCGUCGUUAACGUCCCUGGACCUGUCAUUCUGCAGUGGUCUCACUGAUCCCACACCGCUGUCGUCCUUAGAACACCUCCAGACUCUGAAUCUCGCCAUGUGCUCCAACCUUCCCAAGACCACUCUAACGCAUCUCCCGACAUCCCUAACCUCGUUGGACAUUGGCUGCACUGGCUCCAUCGAUGCGACAGCAUGCCUCCGCCGUUUCGACCGAUUGCAGUCGCUGGACCUGUCUGGAUGUAGCACUGUGGACGCAAACGACAUUGUCACGUUCACUCAAGCAACCGCGCCUCGCUUGCGGCACCUGUCGUUGGCACACUGUCACUCGGUUCAUCUGUCCGACUUGUGGCACCAAUGGCCCCAACUGCCUGCGCUGAAAGUCCUCAUCCUUCGAGGAAUUCGUGGGGGCAGCAAGCCAACCGCAACAUGGACGGACCGCGUCAAGGCCUGCUGUCCGUCCCUGACCUUCUUGGACAUUUCGUGCAGCGACCACGCCGGCAGCAUCAAGAAGGACCUGCGCGAGAUGAUGCCAGACUUGUCUGUUCAUGAUGGCCAUGCCGACUUUCCCAUCGUGGCAUGUGCGUGUGAUGCGGACGACCAAGGCCCUCGCGGGGUGCGCAGGCCCGCGGAUCGGGUGCUGGUCAUUAGACAUGCCCCAUAACAUGAUGACCCUGAUGGACAUGACUGACAAAUUCGACUAGUCAAACUCCACCUGCCAUCCAUUCCCUCUAUGUGUAGCCAGCCACCUACUUCUCCCAACUAACGUUAUGUUGGUACUUUUGGCCCACCGUUUUUUGGUGCUAAGUCACUUGACCGUACAAUUCAAGUCGUACAUUCGACGACAAAAUUGACAUUCA